AAAGAAGAUUGACGUUUUGUCAGCAUAACACCAACAGAAAAGCCGCUCAUUUUAUAAGUAGACAUGCUACAUCGUUCCACUGAAGAGUAGCCGCCCUGCUACUGUGCGAAUUCUCCUAUCUCUAUGACAACCCCUCCCCUGACGGCUGCCUGUAUGACCUCCAGCCAGUUUCCUGGGCAGCAGGCGCAGGCGGCGCGAGAUGUCAACACAGCAUCGCUGUGUCGCAUUGGACAGGAGACGGUACAGGACAUAGUGCUGAGAACCAUGGAGAUCUUCCAGCUUCUGAGAAACAUGCAGCUGCCGAACGGCGUGACGUACCACCCUAACACCCACCAGGAUCGUCUGGGUAAACUACAAGAGCACCUGCGCAUGCUCUCCGUCCUCUUUCGCAAGCUUCGCCUCGUCUACGACAAAUGCAACGAAAACUGCGCUACGCUGGAUCCGGUGCCUCCAGAGCAACUCAUCCCGUACGUGGAGGAUGACAGUUCAAAACUUGACGAGCGCUCGUCCAAUCAGACGCGCUCCACGAGCGAGGAAAGGAGGGAAGUUUUAGAGGUCAACAAGAAACUCAAACAGAAGAACCAGCAGCUGAAGCAGAUAAUGGACCAACUCAGAAACCUCAUCUGGGAGAUUAACUCCAUGCUGGCUGUGAGAAGUUGAGACACACACACACACACACACACACAAACAUAAGAAAGAUGACUAUUGCGUUCUAAGGACAGAGACAAUUUUUACAGGCCGAAGCUAAAUUUAUGAGUUGUCUGUUUUUACAGUGCGCUGCGUAGAACAUAAAGUGGAAAGAUCGGAGAGAUGGCAGAGGAGAGGUGAAGUGAAAAAUAGAGAGAUAGAAAUAGAGGGUGGAAAAAAAGAAACCCCCAGAGUGGAGGAGUGAAAAUGCUGGUUUUUGUAGAAUGCAGAUUGUCAAAGGGCAUUGAUCAUGUAAUUUCAUGGCUGAACACACAUUCAUUUAGCUUGAUUUUUAAAGGCUACGUGUCCUUAGAACAUAAAAAUGAAUACAACCCAACAUCCAAAUGCCUACCCAUUUUUACUGCGUAAACUCAUUGUAGACUCUAGGACG